UGAGUUUUGAGAUGCUGUCGUAAAGCUUUAAAUUUCACCUCAUUGAAAUUGGCAGAUCUUUCUAUAGAAAGUUGACAUGCCCCUUCAUCCAAAAAUUCACCUCCACGUUUGUCUGAUUAUGUUGUUAUCUUGUUAGUAUUUAUGAUAUUUGCCGCUUUUGAAAGAAUUGGAGUUUUUAUGAAAUAUCUUAGAAUGAAUGCUUGAAGCAGGACGAGUGAUAAUUGUUGCCGUGGGCUUCUGGUAUGGAUCUACCUGCAAGAACGAUUAGUGACUAUAUGAAUCGAACAAAAUUUCUCACAUCUUUCUACUGUCUUGUGAGGAGCAUGUGCAAGGAAAAACCUAGACUUAUCUGCAACUUUCUUGCAGCUUGUGGGCACUGUAUCAGUACAUUUUUAGAUUUUGUAAACAAGCAGCUUCAAAGCUUUAAUUAAUGCCUCCUGGAUUCAAUUCAGCAUUUAGUUGCUUGUUUAAAUGUAGGAUGUGCUGAUUUCUUUCUCUCUUCUUUUUUUUUUGUUUUUUUUUGGGGGGGGGGAUGUAUGUUGUCAUUUUGUGUCUCAAGAUUGGAAAAUAUCUUCAAUAGGUAGCAAAGUGAGGAUCUUUUGGAUAGUUGCCUCGGCAAUACAAUUUGUUCAUGUUGAAUGCUAUAUGUUUCGAUCCAUUUUGAGAAGAGUAGUGUAGAUUAUUUCAAAGAGCUCAAGGGCAGUUAAAUGUUGGAUAAGAAUUUUGAGAAAGGAGCAAUGAAGCUUGCAUUCACAAGCAUAUGACUAUUGUUAAAAAUGAGUGCCUUGAUUUUUGAUAAGAUGAAGCAAAACUCACUGGUUGUCGGGCCUCUAUAAGAGGUACUCAUUUUGAUUUUUCGAUAUUUUGCUCAAAUUCUUGCUACAUUUAAUUCUUUUCUUGUUCUGGAUCAUCUAUGAGUGCUUGUGAAGGGUUCAAAUAAUGUUCUUUUCAAUUUAACUAGUGGUGAGAAGUUAUCUACCAACUGUCGAUCAGCAAUUUGCCAAAAUUUGUUUAUGGAUUUCCUUUUGGUCAUUUGUGUACUUUUCCUACAUUGAUAAAUAUUCUAGUGUGAAGUCAGAUCUGGUUAGAUAAAUUCACCAAAUGUAUCUGUUUAUAUUAAUACUGAAGGUUUCAUUGUGAAUGUGAUGUCCAAUCAUGACAAACAUCUUCUUCUUCCCUUUGCUUCAGUACCUUUUUCUGAGAAAUUGUUCCCAAUAACAAAUUUAUCCUGCCCGCUCUCUCAACUUAAUGCCCCUGUGGCUCUUUAUUCAGUAUUUUUGGAUGGCAAUGCAUGCUGUGCUGAGUUUCUAAAGUCAUUUGCUGAAUCAUGUUUGACAUUGUGGAACAUGUGAGCGCCAAAGUUCAUCUUUUAGUGUUUGCAUAUUGUGGUACUUUGUUACCUUAUGCUGCGGAUGUAUCUGACUCUAUUCACCGCUGCAGAGGUUUGUAGAUGGUUCAAGCUAGAAGCAUAAAGAGUGGACUUAAUGACAAUAUAUGGAGCAAUGGACUGUUGUCUGCAGAUAAUUCUGGCAGGAAAAUAUAAAGGUCAAAGGGAUAUUGAUGAAAGCCUGGAUUAGCAUGUGGGUAAUGGGAAAGAUAAGAAAGGAUCAGGACCAAAAAUUAGCAAAUGUAAGACAGAGGGAGACCAAGAUUGAUAAUAAGGGAUGAAGGGAAAAUCGUCAUUUACGAAGAUGGAGGGAGGUAUUUGUUAUGCCAGGUCUAUUUGUCAAAAUACAAGAAAGAGGCAAAAGAAAUAGUGGAUGAGAUGCUAGAAGUGGAAAAGCGGGGGGAUGGAAGAGAUUAAAAAAGAGAGAUUAGGCAGCUGAAAUCAUUGUUUGUUUUCAAAAUUGAUGUGUUGGCACAUCCAUGGAACUCAUUUUGCUUAAAUUUAGGGACUUUUUUGUGUGAACAUCUGCAUGUAUGUUCUUUCUGUGUAUUCACUUUCUUUGAUUGUUUGAUGUUUUAAUGGUUUGAAUGCUGAAACUGAUAGCUUAAAAACCUGUGCAUCAAUAAGUCUGCCCCUAUGUCCUUGUUUAUGCAUUUAGUAAGUCAUGCUCUGUAUGUAUGAUUUGGAAGCCCAUCAUAUGUGAGUUGGUGUAGCCUACUGCAAGUGCUUCCAACCACUGAUGUAUUGAUCUUAAGUCAAAUUCAAUAUUUGAGUCAUUAGAUACAAAAUGAUCUGGUCGGCACCUGUUUUGCAAAUUGGAAUUCUUAUGACUUGUCUGAUUUGGAUGUGAACCAUGAAGUUCAAGUCAUGGGUUUUAUAUCUUUUUUCUUUUUUAAUCUUGAGAGGAAGAUUAGGCACUAACCCUUAUCAUUUUCACAAAUCAUAAAUUGUAUAUCAUCACCUGAAAUUAUAAAAUUCAGUUUUGAUGCAUUGAAAGAGAAUAUAUUCUAUCAAAUUUUUAAACACCUAAAUCUGUCUGGUGGAUUUUUAUAGAACUUUAGAAAUCUCUCUCAUAAAUUAUCUAUGUCGGAAAUAACCAUAAAAAAGCUGCUGAGAUUUUCAAUCUUUCUAUCAAAAAUGUGAAAAGUUAUGGUUUGAGUCAAGGAUUCAGAUUUCGGCAGAACAUUCCACAACAUACCGGGAUGGGGUACCAUCCCAUGUGUCGGGGCAGGGCUGUUCUGCUAACAUCUCAAUGUCCCAAUUGGUACAUCUUAAGACAUCCCCUGUCCUAAGUAUCGGGACGGGAUGGGACGGUGGCGUGUCUUUUCUAUGGGAAAAUCGGGAUAAUCCCAUCCCACGGGAUUUAAAAUCUUGGUCUGAGUUACAUCCCUUAUCAAAAUUUACACACACACACACACACACAUAUAUAUGUAUAUAUUCUCUGCUAGAUUCUACAUCGAAAGCAUCUUGACCUCCCAAAUUUUUGUUGAUAUGGGUCUCUGAAAAUACUCUAACUUACUGGCCUAACUACCACCACCCUGUUGCAUAAUUCUGCGACAAAAUUCAUGAAUUUAAUGUGACAUAAUCUGGUGCGGUACUUUAUAUUAUUUUUAUUCCUAUAAAAUUUCUAUGACAAUGCUUAUAAUAAUUCCUUAUUUUUCUUACUUUAAGAUCUUACCAAAUAAGCUUAUUAACUAGGUCCUUGCUCUGCAAACUUCACCAGAAUUUCUUCAUAUCAUCAUCCUUCUCAAAGCUUUCUUGGCUUAUAUUGCUUAGUGUGUUGCCCUUAUAUAUUCAUUUUUCUAGAGUUAUGUUUUCAAUAAUUUUGCAGAUAUUCUAUAUUUUGUUGAACUCACUAAUCUUUUAUUGGAACUAUGUUCUCCAUAAUUUUGAUACUUGUAAAUUGUUUUAUUAUUUCGACACCUUUACUUUAGCUGAACUGCAGAUGUUAGGCACACCAAUAGAUAAUCAUAAUAUAUGCAGCAUAAUUAACCUUACUACUCAUUUUUCUCCUUUGGGUUUUUAUACAUCUUUCCAGGCCUUUUACAUUCUUCAUUCUUUUCUAUUCAAUAAAGAUCAGCCUUGACAAUCUCUUAUCAUCUUUCAAAUCAUGAUCGUAGUCUGCUAUUUCUUUUCUUUUAGAAAAGUUGCUUUGUUGAUACUGCCUUUAUGCUUCACAUCAUUUUCAUUCAUCUUAUGCUUGUCAUCAAUGGAAUUUGUGCUUUGUGUGGCAUUGUGUUCUUCCUUUAAUUUGCAAUAUCUUUUUAGUGUAACUAGGUGCUUAUCAUCCCUUAAACCCAACAGUUAAUCUUGUCUUGUGGAUGCAAGGCAUUGCCUAUUUGGGGAAAGCUCUUUUGCCUGACAAUAUGAAAAGAAGCCUUGGUUGAUCUGGAUCCUUUCAACAUAUCAACUCUGGAGUUCUCGACUCUUAUGAAUGAUCACAUUGCAUAAAGUGAUAAUAUAAUCAAUGGCAUGUUGAAGAGAAAGCCUGACCAAGAAGACAAUGAAGCUGCUGAAUCAAGUGAGUGGACAACCAGCCCUGGAUAUGCUGAGGCAGUUACCAGUCCUCUCCUCACACCUGUAUCAGGAAAAGGAGGUAGGACCUAUGGCAGGUCCAAGGGGAAGAACAGUAAAUCUGGACCUCAGACCCCCAUGUCAAAUGCUUGUUCCCCAUCUAGCAAUUCUCUCACUCCAGUGGGUACCUGCCGUUAUGACAGCUCUCUAGGACUCCUAACAAAAAAGUUUAUCAAUUUACUCAAGCAUGCACAGGAUGGCAUCCUUGAUUUAAAUAAAGCUGCAGAAACAUUGGAGGUCCAAAAGAGAAGGAUAUAUGACAUUACAAAUGUCCUUGAAGGGAUUGGACUGAUAGAGAAGAAACUUAAGAACAGAAUCCGUUGGAAGGGAGUAGAUGACUUGAGGCCAGGAGAGCUUGAUGAUGAUGUUUCAAAUUUACAGGCAGAAGUUGAAAAUCUGAGCUUGCAGGAGCGCAGCCUAGAUGAGCGUAUAAGUGAAAUGCGAGAUAGACUAAGAGAGCUUACGGAGGAUGAAAAUAAUCAAAAGUGGCUUUAUGUGACUGAAGAUGACAUCAAAGGCCUGCCCUGCUUUCAGAAUGAAACCUUGAUUGCAAUUAAAGCCCCUCAUGGUACCACACUGGAAGUUCCAGAUCCUGAUGAGGCUGGUGAAUACCCCCAUAGGAGAUACAGAAUUGUCCUAAGAAGUACCAUGGGUCCAAUAGAUGUUUAUCUUGUUAGUCAAUUUGAGGAGAGGUUUGAGGAGAUGAGUGGUGUUGAGACACCCCCAAGGAUCCUACCUACAACAAAUUCAGCGUUUGUUGAGAACUCUACAGUGGGAGUGGUUACGGAAGAGAGCAGGGGAAAGGAAAUGACACCUAAUGUUCAAGACAGUCAGAGGAUGAGUUCAGAUCCAAAUGCCUCACAGGAUUUUGUUGGUGGGAUGAUGAAGAUUGUUCCUUCAGAUGUUGAUACUGAUGCUGAUUACUGGCUUCUAUCGGAUGCUGGGGUCAGCAUUACAGAUAUGUGGAAGACAGCACCUGAAGUUCAGUGGGAUGCAAUGGGCAGGUUUAAUCCAGAGGAUUUCAUUUCAAGCAAUGUUAGCACUCCACAGCCAGAAACUCCACCAUCUGGUGUUAUCAAUGUCCCUUCCGAUACGAACUCCACUCAUGGAUAAAUGUGAGAUCAAGCAAGUAGAAUUCAGAAACUCAGGUCGGCACUUUUUUCCGCUGAGGCAAUCAUGUUCAAGGUUCUCAGUGUCACUGAAACGACAUUCUAGCUGGGUAUUUCCAUCAAAAAUAGACCUUCUAGCUGGGAAUAAUCAUCAUUUUGGGCGGCGGCCAACCUAGUGUUUCACGGGAGAGGUGGUUGCAAGAGAAAGCUGUCAGUUGCGUUAAAAGAACUGUUACCGUCCAUAUGUACAGUUGAGUAACAUGUCUUAUUACAUAGGCCGGGCAAGAAUCCUAGUCUUCCUCUUUCUGAAGCAUUUGUCAUGCACCAACAUAUCAACAGUCCUCAUAGCCAUAGGUUCACAUGUAGCAGACAUCAGAAUUAUGUUCAAUUUCUCCCAUAUAUGUAGCUUAUUAUAUUUCUUACAUGUACAAGAUGCUAUGCAUUUUUUUCAGUUAUAACUCUUUUGAAAGAUAAAAA